UUUUUUUAAUGCCAAAAUAAAAAACGAUGACAAAAGUUGCCAGGUAGAUUCAGUGGCCAUGUUUAUCGGCAGUACACAACCUGAGUUCCAAGAUAAGAUAAAGCUUGGUGUGCAAUGCAGACAAUCCAAGUAGUCAAGUAGUAGAAAGACAAUCCAGGAGAAAGAAAACCAAAAUAGAAGCAGGAAAUGGAGUGAUCGUGAAGUUGGCUUUGCUGAGUUUUCUGCAUUUCACUCGUUCAUAUUUUAGAAUUUACCAAAGAGAAAACACCUGGCUCGAGAAACCGUAGCAGUUUAUCUUGUAAUUUUUGAUUACCUCUCCAUUGUCAUGGUGGUUGAUGGCAGAUUGAAGAAAUUCACUUAAAGGAAAGUUCAAAUUUCGCGUUGACAAAAUUGGCUUACGUAUAAAAUGGGCUGCGGACCCUCGAAGGAGGUGAAUGAUAAUGUCAGACCUAGCCACGAAGAAUUUUCUCGCCUUGCCUCUGAAACACCAUUUUCUAUAAGUGAUGUGGAAUCUUUGUAUGAGUUAUACAAAAGAUUAAGCACUUCUGUUGUCAAAGACGGUUAUAUUCGGAAGGAAGAUCUUCACUUUGCCCUUUUCAGAAACAGCAACAAGCGAAAUCUUUUUGUGGACAGAAUGUUUGAUCUUUUUGAUGUUGAUCGCAAUGGUCAAAUUGAGUUUUCAGAAUUUGUUCGAUCCUUGGGUGUCUUUCACCCAAAAACUCCCGAAGCAGCCAAAAUAAAAUAUGCAUUUAAAUUAUAUGAUUUGAGGCGCACUGGCUACAUUGAGCGUGAAGAGUUGAAGGAGAUGGUGCUGGCAAUCUUGACUGAGUCUGAUCUAAAACUCUCUAAUGAUGUGGUUGAAACAAUAGUGGACAAGACAUUUGUGGCAGCAGAUACGAAAGGCGAUGGGAAAAUUGAUACAGAAGAAUGGCAACAAUAUGUGGAAGACAACCCAUCAUUACUGAAGAACAUGACUCUACCUUAUCUGAUGGACGUCACUGUUGCAUUUCCCAGUUUUUUGAUGAACUCAGAAACCGAAGAAUCACAAUUGUAGCUUCAAUAUGCAACGCUUACCAGAAUUGGCAUUCCUUGUGGCUCUGGUUGCUGAGAUCUGAAUAGGUGACGAUUUGGUUUGCACCUACAGAAAAUCCAGCAACUUCUUCAGAGGCAAGAAAUAUAGACAGUAUUCAAAUCGACUCUUUGUAACCUUUGUGUUACCGUUAUUUGAACGUGAUAUGUUCGAAGGAUGAUAUGAAAUGUGAGAGCUUCAAAGGGUUGACAAAUUCAACUGAAAAAAUGGCCCAAUCCUUGCAUUGACUCUAUAUUGUUCAGCGUUUCAUGGAAAAUGAAAUGCUGAAGUCAAAUUAUGUAUUGAUAUUAUUAGCUUUUAAAAGCCAAAUUAUAAAUAGGUCAUUGUUAAAGGGAAAAAAAAGUGAAGAGAAAGGCAUGUUCAACUUUUCAAAACAAGUAAAAAAAACAAGAGAAGGAUUUUUUUUUUUUUUUUUAAGCAUUUCUUCGACCUUUUCGGUUUCUCCUUCAUUAGAGGGGUUGUACAAAGUCAACCAGCAGAUAUCUCAUCUCCUAAGGAGGGCUUGAAUUUUUAUUUUUAAUAAUAUAUUAUUUUUAUAUA